CAUAGUUUCGCCUACUCAAUACGAAUAAAAAACUGGAUUGUUGGUGAAUGUUGAUGCUGAGAUGUUGAAAGGCCUAAAAUGCCUCGUCACAGGUGCGUCGUCCGGGAUCGGCCGCGCUACCUGCCUAGUUCUUUCCGGCUAUGGUGCCUUAGUUGUUGGUACCGGACGCAAUGAAGCUUCUUUACAGUUGUUGAAAGACCAAGGCGGUGUAGUGGACUACAUUGUAGCAGAUUUAGUCCAGGAAGGCGAAUGCCAACGAGUUGUGGAAGCGGCAGCGAAAACGCUACACGGAUUGACCACUGUCGUAAACGCAGCAGGUGUGCUGCAUGGUGGGGCCAUGGGCAGCAUUGACAUGGAGAAUUAUAUGCGCAACAUGAAAUGCAACGCUCAAGCCCCUUUUGAAAUUAUGAUCCAUGCCAUACCAUAUUUGAAACAGGAGAAGGAAAGAUUUCCAUCUAUUGUAAACGUGAGUUCCGUCAAUGGCAAGCAAGCAUUCGCCGGAUGCGCUUCCUAUUGUAUGAGCAAGGCUGCCAUCGAUCAGCUGACACGUUGUGCCAGCGUUGAUCUGGCAAAGGCUGGAAUUCGCGUAAACGCUGUGAAUCCCGGGGUUAUUGAAACGAAUUUGCAAAAGACUGGCGGCCAAACUGAUGAGCAGUACGCAUCUUUUUUAAAACGCAGUAUCGAAACAACACAUCCUCUUUCUGCCAGUCUGGGGCGCGUUGGGCAGCCCGACGAAGUAGGCGAGCUCAUCGCCUUUCUAGCAUCAAGCAAGGCACAAUUUUUAACUGGAGAAUGUAUUGCAAUUGACGGGGGUCGCCAAAAUUUAGGUGCUCGCUAAGACCAGCGACUAGGAUGAUCCCUAAGUUUUGGAACAAUCAAGUGUUAACUUACUCGGUUUCCAUACUUAAAAAAAGUUU